AAAAGCAGAGCUUCGCCCCCAGGAAAGAAAACAAACAGCAAACUUCUAAAAAGCAGCAGAUUUCCCCCCAAAAAGUACCUCACACCCGAAAAAAAAAAAGCAGCAGAACGCCGCCAGCGAGCGAGGAGCAUCUCCGCUGCUGCCCGCCAUGGCCUCGUGGCGUGGAAACGGCUCCGAGUGCCCCAACGGCUCCCGCUGGGUGCUCGAGGUGUUCGCCGAGUGCGCCCAGGAUGGCCGCGACGUCGCCAGCGUGGUGCUGGGGCUGGUCUCCAUCUGCUGCUUUGCCGCCGCAUCGUUCCCGCAGUUCUACCAAGCCUGCAAGACGGGCAUCAUGGACCGGGCCCUCUCCUUGUACUUCCUACUGGGAUGGCUGGGAGGGGACCUCCUGAACCUCAUCGGUUCCUUCUUGGCGAACCAGCUGCCCCUGCAGGUCUACACGGCCGUGUACUACGUGCUGGCAGACCUGGUCAUGCUGUCUCUGUACUGCUACUACAAAGCUAAGAACCAGGGCCGAGGAUUCGUGGCUCCCAUCAACGUGGCCUGCCUCUUCUGCCUCCUGGGAGCGGCCUCGACCCUCCCCUUGCUGGGCAGGGCACCAGGCCUGGCCUCCGACUCCGCAGCCUUCAGAGGGAGGUCUCUGCUCUCUGCUGGCCCGGAGGAGCCUGAGUCCAAGCCCUUCACCAGGAGCGAGAUCAUCGGCUUCGCCAUCGGCUCUGUCUCCUCCGUGCUGUACCUCUGCUCCCGUCUCCCCCAGAUCUACACCAAUUACCAGAGGAAAUCCACCGCUGGCGUCUCCUACUCCCUCUUCGCCCUGGUGAUGCUGGGGAACUUGCUGUACGGCGCCAGCGUGCUGCUGAAGAACCCCGAGCCAGGGCAAGGUGAAGGGGACUAUGUCCUGCACCACCUGCCCUGGCUCAUCGGCAGCCUGGGCGUCCUCUCCCUGGACGUGGUCAUCUCUUUCCAGUUCCUUGCUUAUCGCGGAGGGCAGCCAGGUACUGGUGAAGAGAGGGAUGCUCUUCUCGGCGAGCAGGGUGACGGCUUGGACAGCUGACAAAGGAGCGUGGCCCAGCGCCAGAGCAGCAAGGUGCUGGUGAGGAAGCUGGCCUUGAAGCCGGGCAAACCAGGCUCUCGAUCCCAUCUUCUUCUCUGGGUGGCACUUGAGAGAAGAGGGCGCGAGCCAGCGAGUGAUUUGUGCUGCUAAAACAUGUAUGCCUAGGCAGGUGGCACAGGAUGCUGCUGUGAGUCCUCGUGCCACUUAGAUACCAAUGAUGCUACCGGGAUAAAUGGAAAAGCUUUCGAUACCUCGGAAGGUCACCCUUCCCUGCUCUGAGCUCCACAGCUGACCUCGGUCACUUCUGCUUUCUGUACCUCAGCGGUGAUGUGGAGAUUGCACGUUGCAGGCAGAAGCGAUGACGAGAGCCAGAGGAGCUGCGGGGAGGGCACAGAGAUGACUGACCCGCCACAACUGCCGGCACCGCAUGCCUCUGGGGGGGUGGGCGGGUCUCACGUCCCUGCCCCUGAACUUCUGGAAGGCAGGGCAGUGACUGGAACCCAUCUGGAACAAAGGGAAGGUGCAGGGCAACCGAAGUGUUUCAGUUCACACGCAGGUAUUUUAAUUAGCAUGGCUCUGACUUCUAUAAACAAGUCCUUGCCCCACGCGCCUCCUUUGUUUUUAUUUUGUUGGUUCAUCUGUUAGUUCCUGACUCUUCAUUGUUCUCAAUAGUUCUCUGAAAUGCUCGGACUUUUCAUCUUUCACCUGACCUACAUUUUAUUGGCAUGGGCUUUUGGGGGAAGGUGGUCCAUCUUCCUGACGGAGGCAAGAUGAGAAAAGAGGCUGCAGUUACCUGGAGCCUUCACAGGGAGGCCGGGAGGAGGUGAAGCAUCGCGGACCUGGGAGCACUCCCUGGCUGCGUGCUCGGAUGUGCAAAGUCGUGCUGUAGGAGCGAGGCGAUGGCUGCAGGAAGCCCAGUGACAAGGUGCUGCCUUUCCACUUGCCCCGGUCCCGUAGCCACCAGGUGGCUGUCUCAGCCCGCACUCGGCCAGGCGCUCCAGCGUUACUGCAGAUGUGACUGCAGGGCCUUUAAAGGAAAGCUAUCGCAGCUUGUCCUCCUAGAAAUUAGCUCCUUUUAAUUUCCCUUUCUUACCGCUCCAGUUUUCCUAAUAUCCAGCACUUCCCAGCUGCCUACCCAUGCAGCACCCCUACUUUCUGCCUGUUUUUUCGCUAAUUUUUAUCAUUAACUUACGGUGCCUCAGCAAGCCCCGUGAUGCUCAUCCUUCCUUGUCCUCCCAGAGGAAGUCGCACUCCUGCUCCCACCGCACGCUCUUCCUGCUCCCUCUGCAGGCCCCUGAGCCGGCCAAGCCGCAGCCCCCAGUCUGCACAGUUUAGCCUGGAUCCUACAUGAAAUGGGAAUCAAAAUACCAAAUGCCUCGAGGACUGCAACAGCAUGUUGGUUAAAACCAAAAUGGCUUGUGUGGGGCUUACCCCUUUGUUCUCCGAAAGCAAAAUGUUUUUCAGACUCCUCGACCUUUCUGGACAGAGCUGGUGAGUUUUCUCACUCCCUUCCUUCGCAGUUUUCCCUUCUGGGCUCACAGGAGCUGGGGCUGUUUGCCUCUUCCCAGUUCUCCCUCCAGCAGCAUUUGCUCUGCCUUCUUUCUCUAGGAAUUGCAAGGGAACAAUUUGGGUCUGGCCAAGGCAACUUAAGGCAAACCAUGAAGAUUCCCAGCGAGAUAGAAAGCGCAGCUUUGUUAGAUUUCAAUACUCGUUUAUUACAGCUGAAGACCCUGAGGCUUCGUUUUGGUAAAGGAAGAUUUUUUUUUUUUUUCUUUUUUCUAUGCAGCUCACUUUUGCUAGCUCAUGCCCUGAAGUUGGCAGACAGCACAGUUGUUUUCUUAGGAGGUGAAUUUACCAUGUUGACCAGGGAUAGGCUCGGGCUGGCAGUGGGAUAGGCUUGGGUUUGGCACACGUUCACUGUAGAAACGAAGGGCUGUGUCUGCUGGUCCCCUUGCUAGGUUAACAGCCACCUGCCAGUUAGCAACGUUUGUCUUAAAGCCAGAAAAAAAUGCUAUGUAAGGAGGUUAAAAUAAUAUAUAUAUAAAUUUAAUUUGUUCCCAAAGUGUAUCCAGCGCACAGGUACGUGUGGCAUUGAUUUACUGUUUUGGGGACGAUGGGAGUGGGCAAACACAGCUCUGCAUUUGGCAGCCUGAGUUUCUGUGCUAGCAACCAUCCAGUUGGUGGUGUAUGGAAAGUCACAGUGCAGAGACCUGAAAGGCUCUUGCUGAGGUUAUCCCUCGGAGACUACAGCGCAGCCCUAUUUUCAAGAGACACCCCACUUUCACAUUUUGCGAAGAGGUGAGUGUUAAAACAGAAACGGCACGGACACAAAACAACUUGUCCCAAAGCGGAUACGUAACGCGGUAGCAGGCUUGGGAUUGCAGAAGCCAAGCUGAAGCUGGAGGUACCCAAGCUGUAAGGUUACGGUGCUUUGAGAACAGGAAGAGGAAUAAACUACUGCUGGUGCGCUUGUGCCUCCCUGCAGCUCAAACCGGUUUGUGAAAAGGGCACAGCCCUGCACAGGGGCCAUCAGGGUGUUUGUACCCGCACAAACCUAUAUGCUUAAUUCAUCCGGGACCGGACGCUGCUUCAUUUUUGGCUUGUGUGCAGAGAUGGCUUUGGAGAAGGAAAACAAACUCCCCCAAAGCAGUACAUGCAUGUGCCUGCUGCAAUUAGGAACAGCAGAGAACUGCACGUUUCCCCCACCCCGGGUUAACAUGCUGUUUUUCAAGCUUCAAGAGUUCCCACAGGCUUAUCUCCAACUUCAAAAAACAAAAAGCCCUGCUCCCUACAGCAGAACCAAGAGGCAACAGCAGCAGAACCUCAACACGUGCUCCUCGGGGCUCCUGGCUUUGAGGCAAGCAUCUGCAUGCUUCUUCCCUCGAGUCUGGCUCCCAGAUGAGCCGUACCAGAGGCCCCUGGGCAAAUGAUAAAGCACAGGUCCGUAAUCACCUGCAGAUGGCUGGAUGCUAAAAGAGGUCAUAUUAGGGAAGGAAAAUUAGAGCAAGUUAAUCAAUAUUAAUGCCAACGGGCUCAACUUGCAUCCACAGGGGUUCAGCCAAAGACUCGUUCCUGAGGUUGCGUACAGGUGCUCGCGUUCCCCACUCACCAGCACCACGAUCAAAGCACGCAGCAAACCUGAAACCAUGCAAGAUGCCUGCCUCCGCCCGAGGGCUUUAGCAGAGGGGGAACGUGGGCAUGAGGUUCACAAAUUACACAGGGACUAAGCACAGAGGUAGCUUUUUGGGAACAUCAGCAGAUAGAACCUUUCCCCUAAAAUUGCCAAGCACUGCUGAAACACGCUCCUCUGCCCACAGAAGUGCUUUAGCAAACAGGCACCCUCCCACAUUUUUCCACCACACACAAAGCCUCCCUAAUCCUUCCCUAAAUACAUCUGUUCCACGUUUGCUGGACGCCUGCAGUGCCAGUCCCAGCACGCAAUGGGAUACCAACUUCCACGCCAAUCCCAGCACUGAGAAAGUACAGCAAAAGCAACAGCUGCCCACCGCUGCCUGUGCAAAGAGCAGUGGUACAGCAAAUCCUGCUUAGAACAAGCAAGUUUCAGCUGAUAUGUAUGCGGGGGGGGGAAGCUUUAUUUGCUUUCUAUGGCUAUACACUGCAGCAGCUGUUUGGAUUACUGAUGAGUUCAUCACACGCCUUUGUUCUCCAGUACACGCCUACCUCCAGACUGCGUGAUUGCUUCCAGUUGUUACAAAGGAAAGAGUUUACAGCAUUUCAGUCACAGAACCCCACGUAAUGCAGCAGGAGGGAAAGAGAAAUAAGGAGGACACCAACUGCACACACCGCUUCCUGGGAUUUUUUUUUUUAAUUUUAUUUUUAUAAUUAUUUUUUAUUUUUUAGUAUGGAGGCUCAAGUAUCAGAUGUAGAUUCAAUUUAAGCUUUACAAAAAAAAAAAUCAAAACAAAAACUCCUUUUGCAUUCCAUAAAAAUUGACAGAAAAGCGCCUUGGAACCAGGCUAUAGAAGAGCAGAACUCUCAGCAGGUCUCCUAAUCAAUGUCUCCUUGCAAAUCUGGUUUAGUCAGUAUAGUACAACACCAAGGAACACCCUCUCUUACCUCCCUCCCACCAGCCAUGCCCUGUGCCCAGCCCCCAAACAUACGUGGAAUAGAUUUUUUUUCCAGUUCUUCCUCUUUCACACACCACAGUAUUUAAUAAAUUUUUGUUUUACAUUUUUUACACCAAUGUAACAAAAGGCAGGAGGGGGGGGGAGGAAAAGACAAACAAUGAUCCGUGUGUAUGCAUAUAAAUGGGGGAGGGUUGAAGAGA